GCGCCAUGUUGCGAGCGGAAGCGGGGAGUGAGCGGCGCUGAGGCAGGGUAGCUCCGCCGGGCGGGAGGCUGAGAGGAGGCGGCGGCGGCGGCGGCCAGAGCCAGGCAGGGCUCUCCACUGGCCGGGGCGCCGCACCGCUACGCUCCCGCACUAGGGCUCCGCGCCCUGCCCUAGUCCCUCGCCCCGCGGGGGCGCUUGAAAGGGAGCGCGGCGGCGGCGCCGAGCCGGGACGAUGCCGCUAGCGCAGCUGGCGGACCCCUGGCAGAAGAUGGCUGUGGAGAGCGCGGCCGACAGCAGCACAGAGAAUGGGCAGCAAAUUAUGGAUGAACCUAUGGGAGAAGAAGAGAUUAAUCAGCUAACUGAAGAAGGCAAUAUCAAAGAGAUUGCAAUAACACAUCAUGUAAAGGAAGGACAUGAGAAAGCAGACCCUUCACAGUUUGAACUUCUUAAGGUUCUAGGACAGGGUUCUUUUGGAAAGGUAUUUCUUGUCAAAAAAAUCUCAGGAUCAGAUGCAAGACAGCUUUAUGCAAUGAAGGUAUUAAAAAAAGCCACACUGAAAGUUCGAGAUCGGGUUCGGACAAAAAUGGAACGUGACAUCUUAGUGGAAGUUAAUCAUCCUUUUAUUGUCAAGUUACAUUAUGCUUUUCAAACAGAAGGAAAGCUAUACCUUAUUUUGGAUUUUCUCAGGGGAGGAGACUUGUUUACACGCUUAUCCAAAGAGGUGAUGUUCACAGAAGAAGACGUCAAAUUCUACUUGGCUGAAUUAGCACUUGCUUUAGACCAUCUACAUAGUCUUGGAAUAAUAUACAGGGACCUAAAGCCAGAGAAUAUACUUCUUGACGAAGAAGGACAUAUCAAAUUGACAGAUUUUGGCUUAAGCAAAGAGUCCAUUGAUCAUGAAAAGAAAGCGUAUUCCUUCUGUGGGACAGUAGAAUAUAUGGCACCAGAGGUAGUUAAUCGAAGAGGCCACACACAGAGUGCAGACUGGUGGUCUUUUGGUGUUUUAAUGUUUGAAAUGCUCACGGGUACUCUACCUUUCCAAGGGAAAGACAGAAAAGAAACCAUGACUAUGAUUCUCAAGUGAGUACACUCUUACUUCUGUUUUCUACAGGGAUGCCCUCUAGGCUGCAAAUCUAAUUUCUUCUCCCUCAUUUUCCAAGGUAUUGGUAAAUCCUCACUCCCUAUUCCUAUUCCACUUCAUAAAUUCCCUUUUCCACCCACCUAAUUUGCCUGUUCCUCCAAUCCUUUCCGUUACCAGUUGCAAAUAAUUUCGUAUUAUCCUUUUAAUCUAAUAUUUCCCUAAUUUAUAAGAAUAUCUUCUCAAGUCCCACCUUCUCCUCAAUUUUGUGCCCAUGAUAUUUCAUUAUCCUCUUCUGCCUUCCUAUUUAUUGCACCCUACACAUUUCUGACAUAACUCCAUCUUUUAAGAAAAUAGUCUCCCUCAUCUUUUCCUGUUUGUUCCCUUCUUCUCCCCCUGCUCCUUACAGUACCUCCAUUGCCAACGAUGCUCUCCCCUGAUACCUUCCCCCCAGCUUUCCAAAAUCUGCGUCCACCUUUGACCCUCAUGAACUUGCGCCAUCUCUAAGCUUUUGAGUCAUCUUACUGACAGUAUCCUUGACUGUUUUCCGUAUGGGCUUUGGGUUUGCUUUCGCUAUAGCAUGGAAAUUGCUUACCGUUGUGUAGUUAAUGAUCUUAUUUCUGCUAACAAAGACUUGCUGUCUCUCCUUGAUCUCAGUACAAUCUUUGAUAUUGUGGAACUCUUCCCCUUCCAGACUUUGUCUUUACUUGUGAAGGAAUCUCCGGUUUCUUCUUAUCAGGGCUGCAUUCCUACCUAUCAAGCUAUUAUUUCUGUUUCUCUUUAACUGUUCCGUGCUAAGACCCUUCCACUGGGGAAUCUGACAAGGCUCAGCUCUCGAUCCCUCACUCUGUUUUCCCCCUUCUGUCAUUUUAUCUAUAACCUCAGUCUUAGCUACUUCUCAGGGGUCGACAACCUUCUGCAU